AUGAAUGAAUACGAAGGGCUUGCUUAUAAUGAAGCAAUCGAUGCACUGGCCAAUCAACAGACGAGCGACGAGUCCACAGAUGAGGAGAAGCUAACUGCAGUGGCAGCAUCAGAUGAUGAGGAAGCCUUGGAGCUGGAUGCGAGCUACAAUUGCUUAGUGGAGCAAACGCUGCAUGCGCUGGGCUACAAGUCGCCCGGACAGUGGCCGGAGGAGGAUCUGUUCUAUGCCAAGCCGAGUGUCUAUGAGCAGCUGGAGCAGCUGCUGCAGGAGCGUCGCAAUACAAACGUGCGGGUUGUCAUUGGAGAGAGCCAAGUGCCCGCCCAUCUGAUCGUGCUCCAAUGCUAUGCGGGCACACUGCAGGAUCUGGGCGGCAAUAGCAGCUCGAGCAUUGAGCUACCCGUGGAGCGAGUGACUCCGCGCGCCUUUGAGCUGAUCUACGACUGGAUGCUGGCACGGCGGCCACGCCUCUGCCGCCUGGGGCUGCUCGAAGUGCUGCGCGCGUCGCAAUUUCUGAAGAUGCCGCAGCUGGAGCAGCAGUGCAAUUGCUGCUUGGCCAAGGGAUUCCACGAAGCUGCAGCUGUCUGUUUGUAUCUGGAGGCGCGACUGCUGGACAUGGAGCGCAGACAGCGCUCGAUGCUGCAGCGCGUCGGCGGCUUCUUUCUCACGCUGGUGGCCAGCGAGGAGUUUCUGCAGCUGCCGCUGCGUGCGCUGCGCGAGCUGCUCCAGUCCAAUGAGCUGGGCGUCAAUACCGAGCAGGAGACGCUGAUGAGCGCACUGCGCUGGCUCAACCACAAUUGGCCGCAGCGUGAGCCGCUCAUCCAGCCAGUGAUGCAGUGCGUGCGCUUUGCCCUGGUGCCGCCCUGGCUGCUCGUCAAGCUGCAUGCGCCCAACGGCAAUCCGGAGCUCAAUCGCAUUAUGGCGCUGCCCCAGGUGGUGCAGCUCAUCCACGAUGGCAUCGGCUACACCACCACGCGGCUCUGCUAUGGCAACGAUCUGCAGGCCUUUCGCCAGCAUCUGGAGCGCUUUGGCAUGCGCUCGCCGCUGCCGCGCCGCUGGAUCUACGAUCCCGCCUGCCAGUACCACCAUCGACUCAAUUGCCAAAUCAAGCAGCAGCUGCAGCUUCGGCAGUUCCUCGCUUAUCUCAAGCAGCUGCAGACGCAGCCCAAGAACCACUGGCAGACGCUGCAGUUCCCAGAUCCCAGCAAGCCAUGUCAGCUCUGUGGCCAAGAGCAGCCAAGCAGUGUUCCCAACUCGACGCUGGCCAAGCAGCCUGCGUUCCUUCAUAAAAAAUGUACAGUGGGCAACGCUAAAAAGCAACAGAACUCAAGCAAGACUCUAUAG